AUGACUAAAGUCCACUAUUGUGCUCAUCCAGAAAAUAACACCAAAUCAGCUAAGGCUCGUGGAUCAGAUCUUCGUGUUCAUUUCAAAAACACUCAUGAGACAGCUCGUGCUAUUGCCAAGAUGCCUCUUAAACGUGCACAAACAUAUCUCGAGAAUGUUAUUAAUAAGAAAGAAAUAAUUCCAUUCCGUAGAUUCAAUGGUGGUGUAGGAAGAAAAGCUCAAGCUAAAGCUUUUAACACAACUCAAGGAAGAUGGCCAGAAAAGUCAUGUCAAUUCAUCCUUCAACUUUUAAAGAAUGCUGAAAGCAAUGCUGAAUGCAAAGGACUUGAUGCCGAACGUCUUGUUAUCGAACACAUUGUUGUCCAAAGAGCAGCUAAAAUGCGUAGACGUACCUAUCGUGCUCAUGGACGUAUUAAUCCUUUCAUGUGCUCUCCAUGCCAUGUUGAAGUUAUUAUCUCUGAACAACCAGAAACCGUUUCCAAACCAGCUGUUCCUUCUGAGAAGUCAAAGAAAUCAAAAAAGACAAAGCAAGUUACUGCUUAA